UUCCAGUGCAAAUUUAUACUUCUAGCCAUUUAGUAAGGGAGCCUGAUCUCCCGGGGUGUCGUUGGGUCGUCGCGAGCUGGCACUGUUUUCGUUUUUUCGGGGGUCUAUCAGUCUGGGGCUUAGUGAUUUGUGCGGCUUCUGUAGAUAAGCGAAGAUUUGGGUUCUAUGAAGAACGAUCGUCGAUGAGCUAAUUGAGUGACGUUCAACCGAAGAUAUCAAAGUUCAAGUUUUGGUGAUGGAUGUUUAAGUUGGAAAAAUAGAACGAAAACCAGCAAUCAAAAAGUGUGAUUAUAGUGAAGAAUAAAUAACCCAACCAUUUGUUUUGUCAUCGAUUGGAAUCUUCGGGUUGAACGUGAAUUGAAGUGCUGCGCCGCAUAAAACGUGAUAAAUACAACGUGGGUGUCAUGAAGGCUUACAAAACAAAAAACAACAGAGGAUAGAAACUCAUUGAAUGCUACAACAUACCACAGGGAGAUUAUCGGUGCAGCGACAUUGGGAAGAAGGAUUCCAGGGAAACAAAUAUUUCGCUUGCAGCCCAACAGCAGCGGCUUAAGAUUGGAACCAGCCGAGAAAAGAUCAUCAUCUGGCCGAAGCAUGAAUAGAAAAAUGAACCCACGACUCAUUAUUAUUUUAAUUGUGUGCGGCUUUAGCACGAGAUCCUUGGCGCGAGCUGGGGUUAAGCAGAAGCGGCUCCUGUACGACCUUUCCGAUCCCUUUCUUACGGUAACUGAACCAACUCCCUACUAUCACUCUACCACCUUCCUCCCAUCUGGGCCCAUCUACUCUGCCCACGCCCCUAUCCUAGAUCAUCAUGUAAUCAAACCACUCCCAACUUCCAUUCCCACUUUCCUUUCCGCAAAGCCAUCUUCCCUAGAUUCUAUCUACAAAAGCAACUUCUUUGAGUAUUCCAACUACGGCUCACCUUUCCACUUCAUCGGAGGAAACCACCUGGGAUAUCACGAUACCGACACCUACAUCGCUGACGGGAGAAUCCUGAAACAAUACUCGGUCACGGAACACCAUCCGGAAGAGAUUGAGCGGAAUCGGUUGCUGCAGACCAACAUCUAUCAUCCCAGAACGACGGCCACGGCCCCGACAUAUUUCCCCAGCAAAUAUCAGCCCUUCUACAAUACCUUCCUCCAGCAGCCGACGACGACGGCCACUUUCCCCCCGGUGAUUGGUUACAAUCCACGGCUGCACCAGAACCUAUCGCCAGUUCUCACCAAAAACCAUGGCCCAGUCGCUCUCGGAUCCGGCUCAAUCGGAUACAUCCACGGUCCCAACGGAGUGGCUCUGGGUUCCGGUUCGCUCGGCUACAUCAGCCACAAGCAGCAUCAGGACUCGCUGUCGGAACUUUUUGCCCGGAAAAGCCGGAAGCACCGCCCCAGUCCUCUUCAUUUUGGCCAUAAUCACGACUAAAAAUGCACACGAGCGAAAACGCAUUCCUUACUCUUUCACCGUCUGCGAGAUUUCGUGCAUUUUUGUAAAUUUACUUUCCUAUCUACAUUACAUAGCCUAAGAUGCGAAAACAUGUGCCUUUUAGAAGAAAAAAAGUUUGAUUAGUUGCAAGCACUCGUGUAAAUAUUGCAUAUACGAAUUUCUUUGUUUGACCGUUUUAAAUUUGAAGAGGCGAGAA